UACCCUAAUUUUUGCCAUUUCAAACAGAUCUUUAGCACUAUUCCGUGGGCAUGAGCAUGAUUUUAAUUGUUUUCUUUGUUUACAAUAAGUAAAUGCAACUAUUGUUCAAAAAAAAUUAUUAGAGACUACAAUGAGUACAAAAAAUACCACUAAUAAUAAUGAAAAUACUACAGAAGAGAGCAUCAAAAUCUCACAAGAUGUGGAUGAAGAGAAGAAAUUGUGGGGUUAUGAUUUAUAUCCUGAGAGAAGAGGUACAGAUUUCAAACCUAAUUUUUUCAAAGCAAUGAUUGGUAUGGAAGGCAAAGAAAAUAUACACCGAACGAGGUGUGAGGCAAAUGUUUACAAAGUAUACCGUUCUAGUCCGUUAGUGAAAUUAAUGGCAGCAGCCUUAAACAGUUCAGGAUGUGAAUUUGACAUUCGAAGGCAUGUUUCCUGUGAAGUUUGUGACUUCAGUGUCAGUGGUGGAUAUGAUCCUGAGCUGAAUCAGAUUGUUGUGUGUCACAAUGUUAUUCAAGGAAUAGGAAAAAUACAAGGAGUAAUGACCCAUGAAAUGAUUCAUAUGUUUGAUUAUUGUCGAAACGAACUUGAUUUUAAAAAUAUUGAUCAUGUAGCCUGUACAGAAGUUCGUGCUGCAAAUUUAACUCACUGUAGUUUUUUAAGUUCCUGCACAGGAGGUUUUUCUUCACCAUUUAAUAUCAAGCAAACGCACCAGGAAUGUGUAAAACACAAAGCAGUUUUAUCUGUAUUAGCAGUACGUAAAGUGUCUGAAGAAGAGGCACGUGCAGCAGUUGAACGUGUUUUUACGAGGUGUUACAAUGAUUUAGAGCCCAUUGGUAGACGAAUUAAAAGGAACUCAGUAGAUAUGCAUAAGGCAUAUCUUGAAGCUCCAAUGUAUGGCUAUGACUAUAUAAAGUAAAAUUUACCAACUAUUGAAAAUUGUAUUAUAAAUUUUUAUUACAAAUAAAUGACUUAGAAAUUGUUA